AUGCAAGUAAUACGUCCACCUUUUCCUGAAAGAUUUGCUCAAUCCAAAAGAGAAAAGGAAAAGAAAGAGAUCUUAAAGAUCUUUCGCAAAGUCCAGGUGAAUAUACCACUUCUUGAAACCAUAAAGAAAAUACCUAAGUAUGCGAAAUUUCUAAAAGACCUUUGGACUAAUAAAAGAAAAUUAUAUGGUCACGAAAAGAUUAAAGUAGGGGAGAAUGUAUCAGUUGUACUUCAAAGAAAGUUUCCACAAAAAUAUAAAGAUAAAGGCAUGUUUGUAAUAUCACGUAAAUUUGGAAACCUUGAAAUCAAGAAGGCAAUGUGUGAUUUAGGAGCUUCCAUAAAUAUUAUGCCUCUGUCAGUUUAUUUGUCUUUGGAUGCAGCAGACUUCUUUGUCUUGGUUAUGGAAGAGGACAGUUCAUCCAACUCGACAGAUUUAUUGCUAGGAAGACCAUUCCUUAGCACAGCUAGAAUGAAGAUCGACAUGCAAGAAGGCACGCUGACGAUGGAGUUUGAUGGAGAAGAGGUAAAAUUUAAUGUCUAUGAUGUAAUGAAGUAUUCUGAUGAUAAUUUUUCUCUUUGCAGCAUAGACAUUAUUAAUCCUCUCGCUCAAGAAACAUUUAAAUUAAGCAAGGAAGACAAGUUGGAGGUAGUUUUAACCGAAAACUUGACAAUGGACUGUCUUGACAAUAGCACAUUGCAAUUCAAUGAAGAAAUCAUAGAAACAGUCUACUCAUUGGACACUUUGAGCCACAAAGCACCAAAACUUAAGUUGAAAACACUUCCAACUCAUUUGAAAUAUGCAUUUUUGGGAAGUAAUAACACACUUCCAAUCAUAAUCACCUCCAAGUUGAAUCCUUUAAAAGCAAUGAAGUUCAUUUGGUUGCUGAAUGAAUACAAAGAUGGAAGUGGAUGA